AUGGACCUUCCUCCUUUCCAAUAUUGGCAACUUGAAUCAAAUCACAAUCAGCUAUUUAACGUCCUCACAGUAUUCACUCAACGCAUCAACAACAACACAAAAAAAACAAGCAAAAUGAUUAUGCAAGAAUUCGAAACUAGAAGAAAUCAAACUAUUCCAAAGUCAUCAGUCUUUGAUAACGUUCCAAUUCUCGUUCCAACUCGUAAACCAGCAACUCUCACUCAACAACAAACCAGUUUCUCCACUUCAACAGCUCCUCAAUUCUCUUUUGACGAAACUCCAAUUGCUGUUUCUAAUAAGAAACCACAAGGUCCAUUCCCAUAUUUGAGGAGAAAAUCCAUCAGAGUUGAUUUGGUUUUGAAGCAACAACAAGAACAAGCCAAGAAGAAUUCUGCCAAGAAGUCUACCAAGAAAGUUUCCAAUAAUGAGUUGGAAACAUUGAGAAAGGAAAAGAAAGCUCUCAAGGAAGAAAAUUCCAUCUUGAAGGGUAGAUUGAUGCAAAUGGAACUCUUGUUCAAAGAAUUAAUCAGAAAUCCUUCCACCAAAAUUGUAAAAAAUCAAGAAUGUCAAACUGAAUCCAAGUCAACCAACACUUCCAGCUGCCAAACUGAAACAAUUCAAAAGAAACAAACAUUUUCUGAAUGUUCCAAAUGCCACAAAUGCAUCAGAUCAUCCUAUUUGAAGCAUCACCAAAGAUUCUGUGGAAAUACCAACUUGAAGAAAUUGUUGAGUGAAAAGGAUUUGAAGAAAUUGCAAAUUAUUAGAAUGAAUUCUUCCUCCUCAUCAGCAACUCAAGCACCAAAGAAUAAUUGGAGAAAGACAAGACAAGAAUUCUUGAAUCAAAUCAAGAAGGACAAAUUGAGACAAUGUACUAUUCAAGUUAUUCUUCCAAAGAAGAGAAUUAAUAAAUAUUAAACAAUUUCUGUAAACUUAUUGGACUUUCGAAUAGAUAUUUCAAAAGAAUUACCGAAAGUGCUAAGAUUGUUUGUGAGCUAACUUGUUUAUUU